AUGUCGACCACACCUUAUUACGACGAGAAAGCUCCUUUGGUGCUGGAGCAGGAACUCCCUGCGCCUGUGCCAGUCACCAUCCGCCACAAGCGUCCCAAUGUCUUCCUUCGCCUCAUCAAAUUUACCAUUGCCUUCUUCGGUACUCUCCUCGUCCUCGAUCUCUUCAUGCAUGGCCCGGCUGCCAGAGGUAUCUCUCGAGGAUGCCACGGCAUGAGACCACACCAUGGACACCACGGAAAACACGGUCACGAUGGUGGUGAUGGCCAUCAGCACCCCUUCCCUCCCAUCGACAACUGGAAGCCCUUCGAGGGAACCACCCACUUCGAAUUCGACCCCAAGGUCGCCUCUUCCUUCAGCGUUCGAGGUGCAAAGUCCUUCGGCAAAGUCGUCUUCGAGACAUCCAAGCUUUCGGACAAAGUCGUCAUUGACCUCGACAUCAAGACAAACAAGGUUGACAAGGACCAUGAAGUCGUGGUGAAGGAGGAAGCCGGUGGUCUUACCAUCAGCACCCCCAACACCGGCCACCUGAAGAUUCAUACUGCGGCCAGAAUUCAGAUCCCAUCAAACAUCAUUGGUACCUUCGGCAUCCCAAGCUUCGAAGUCGAUGUUCCACGCUUCAUGGUCGACUACAGCGAACUGCCAGAGUCUCUUGAGAUUGGUGCUUUCACCGUCAGAGUUGCUAAAGGCUUUGUCAAGCCUGGUCUCGUCCACACCAACACCACCACUAUUUCAAUUGCCGAGGGCGCUAUCCGAGGAACCCUAACCCACGCCCGCAACAACACCGACGUCAACGUCGUCAAGGGUAAUGCCGAGCUUAACAUCCCCAAGAUCAGCUCAGGCAGCGAAGGCACCACGACCGUCCACCUUGGAAAUGGUCAUCUCAACGGUUCAUUCGCCAUUUACAACUCCACCGCCAUCGACGUGGCAAAGGGCUCCAUCUGGAUUGACGCAGACUUUAUGGACAACGAACACCGUGCCGACUUUUCCACCAAACUUGGCUCAGGCUACAAGCGUGUCUUUGUCAACUCUAUUGCCUCCGAACGACUGUUCUCUUCCAGCCACAACUCCGUUGCUGGUGAUCAACUGAUUACCUACCCUGCCAACUUUCAGGGUACCAUUGACGCCAGGGGCGUUGUUGGCAACGUCAAGCUCGCUGGUGAGGAUCUCGAUGUCGAGAAGGUCAUUGGUGGCUUGGUUGGCAAGCAGGGAGAUAGUGACAGGAACUACAUCACUGUCAAGGCUGUCAAGGGUGCCUUGGACAUCCUCGUCGGUGAUGAGGAUGAGGAGUAA